GCAGACGCGCUCCGAUUGGCCGGAUCGCACUUUACAAUCUCCUCUUGUUUCCAAGCUCCGCGCAGGCACAGCGCUAAACCUCCCCAAACCCUCGCAGGAGCCAGACGCACCAGAGGAGCGCGACGGGGCUGCAGCCAGAGGAGAGUGCCCGUGGACUUUACCCAAAACCAGAAACUCAACACGUUUUACGCGCGUCGAUCAGCAGCGUGCAGCCUUUGUUUUUUUCUCUCCAUUUGUUUCUUGUUAUCCCUCUGAGUUUUCUUCAUGAAGUGAGUGUUGAGACUGAGCCGCGCUGAGUUACAUUCAUUUUAAUCAAGAGAACAUGAGGUCUGCUCCUGAAUCCUUUUGGAGGAUGAUCCGGCUGGCGGUAACAGUGGCGCUCAUGUCAGCGUGCAGGGCGUCAGAGUACGAGUACACCAGCUGGAAGUCAGACAUGUACAACGGCGGGCGCAUAUACAGCAAGCCCCCCCAGUGCGUGGACAUCCCGGAAGACCUGCGGCUCUGCCAUAACGUGGGCUACAACCAGAUGCUGCUGCCCAACCUGCUGGAGCACGAGACCAUGGCGGAGGUGAAGCAGCAGGCCAGCAGCUGGGUGCCACUGGUGCACAAGAACUGCCACCCGGGCACGCAGGUCUUCCUCUGCUCGCUCUUUGCGCCCGUGUGCCUGGAGCGGCCCAUCUACCCGUGCCGCUGGCUGUGCGAGGCCGUGCGGGACGGAUGCACCCCCAUCAUGGAGGCGUUCGGCUUCCCCUGGCCGGAGAUGCUCACCUGCGACCAGUAUCCACAAGACGAUGUGUGCAUUGCUAACCAGCCAAACGCGACCGAGGCCACCAAACCGACAGGUUACUCUCCCAUCUGCCCUCCAUGUGACAAUGAAAUGAAAACAGACGCCAUGCUCGAUCACAUGUGUGCCAGCGAGUUCGCUUUCAAGACCAAGAUCAAGGAGGUGAAGCGAGAAAACAUGGAUCGCAAGGUGAUCCUGCAGAAGAGGAAGAAGAUGUUGAAAGUGGGUAACCUAAAGAAGAAGGAUAUCAAGACAUUGGUGAUGUACUUGAAGAACGGUGCAGACUGCCCCUGCCAGCAGCUGGACAACCUUGGAAACCAGUAUCUAAUCAUGGGCCGCAAGGUGGAUAAGCAGUACCUCCUCACAGGCAUCCACAAGUGGGACAAGUCCAGCAAAGAGUUCAAAAAGGCCAUCAAGAAACUCAAGACCUACAAAUGUCCCGCCUUCGAGAACGUCUUCAAAUAAUACAACCCACACCUCCUCUGGUCGCAUUUCAUCGUACAAAUGAACUUGCACAAGCAUUAAAAUCCCAAACAUUGCUUUCUAUUUUCUGUUUAUAUAUCUAUAUAUCUUUGUAUAUUUACAGAUAUACUUUGAGAUGUCCAUCGUUAAGUUUUUAGUUGAAUGUGGUGAGCGAUGACGCCACAAAAAAGGGUCGGGUUUCCUUUAUUUCUUCUUAAGAAAAGGAUAUUGUAGUAAAAGCCCUUCCUCACUGAAAUCAUUUCCACUAUAUGUGUGUAGAUACAUGUAUUUUGUUACACUCUUUGAUUCAACCAUUUGGGAUUUUGCUUAAAGGUACAGUUGAACAUUUUGGGAAAUAUACUUUUGCUUUUUUAUUGAGGGCUCAGUGGGAAGAUUAAAAACACCUUUGUGUCUGAAGGUUAUGGUAAAUUUGAAGCUAGAGCCAGCAGGUGGUUAGCUUAGCAUUGCAAAAAGACUAGACGCAAGGUUAAACAGCUAGCCUGGCUUUGUUGAGUAAUAAAAACCUACAAAUAGUUUUUUUUAAAAAAAUGUUUUGUUCAGAUUAAACAAACUGAAUGUUUUAUUUAGCAAGCUUUAGAGGUGCUGGUAGAUAGCUUGCUGUUUCUUCCUCCUUCAAGACUUUAUGCUAACUAGCAUGACUAGAUGUCCUAAAAAGACUUCCUCUUACAUGCAAGCCCCAUUUUGGCAAAUCUCCAUUAACAGAUGUCUGCAUAUGAAUUCAGGUAAUGAAUUAUUUUUGAAAAAGGUAAUAUUAAGCUAAAUUGUCAUUAGAUGAUGGCCCAUGUAUUUCGGCCAAUGCAUUCCAACUCCACAGGGACUGUUUACCUUCUGCUCAAAUGUGAUUGGACAAUACAACUCAGACCACAAACAGACCAUAAAUGGACUAUAAACUGAAACCAAAACAGUUCUGCUACCAAAAUCUUGUUCCGUUGCCCACUAAUUUUGCAUACAUUUACAUACAUUCAAUAUAAUCUUGAGGUCAAUGCUACUCUGGCCAUUGAACCACGCCCACCCCCAACUUCCCUGACUUGAAUUUUACCCAUUCUUAAUUGGUCACCCUAAUGCUGGUGAAAGCAAACCAUCUGCUGGCUCUAGCUUCAUGUUUAGGGUAAAUCAUGAGAGAGAUAAUGGUCUUCUUAUCUAACUCAAAAAGAAAAAAAUGUUCUGCUAUUCUUACUAAUCCCACUUACUGUGAGCAUAUAAUAACAAAUCAUAAAACCAGUGGUUAGACUACAGGACUGGCAGUUGCAGGUACCUGGUGAUUUAAAAGCCACAUUGUACAGAGCAGCUCCACAUAGAGUUCCUGUUGAAUAACUUAUUGACAGAAGUAUGAGAGAGUGCUGCCGUCAGCUGAUUGUUUAGUCAAACUAAAGACUGCACUACCAAUCAUUUUGAUUUUUUCAUGUCUUCAUUUCAUUGUUGCAUUUCCUUUUGUUACUUGAAAAAUGUUAAGAGAAUCAUAACCACCAAUCUGCAUCAUAAUGAGAAACCAUGUAGGCCUGUGUGGCUGAUUUUUUCAUUUCUUCUUGUGUGUCGUCACUUGACAUUUGGCUACAUAUAUUUUUUACCACUUCAGUCUACCUGCAGUGAUCAGUAGUCAUCGGUUAUGGAAAACACCUCGUUGUCAUACAGGUUUAAAAAAUGCAAAAGUUAUCAAAGUGCAAAUAUUGCUUACUCUUUGUUCUGGUUUGUUUAGCUCAAGUGUCGCUGGUCAAUUUUAGCACUAUUUUGUUUCAGAUUUGAAUGUCAGCAGUGCAUUGCUGCCUAUUACAUGUACAUACAAAUUUUACAUAAAUAUGGAAAACUGAA